AUGUCCACUACAUUUGCUGCUCUGUGGAAGAUAUUGUUCGUUUCACACGUCUUUGCGCAAGGUUAGAUUUAAUCUAGAAGAAAAAAUUGUGCGAACAUUCAGUAAAAUUCCACUAGCUAUGGUUUACAAUGUGUCUUAAGUACCUCAACGAGGAAAAAAAUACAAAGUUACAAUCAGCAACACAAAAGCGACAUUACCCUUUGCAAUUAUUAGUGUGAUUAGCGAUACGCGAGUUUAUAUGAACUAUAUGAAGAGUAAAAACAGGUGGUGCAUCGGUACUUUAGAACGAGGGUUUUCAAAUUUUCUGCUUUUGACUGCAAGUUUCAGAAUUCUUCCUGCUCGAAUGCGCGAAAAAUAGUGCUUUUUUUUGCAGUAUUUCUGUGAAAAUUGUGAUCAAAUGAAAGUGAAACCCUGUUUUGGUAAAAUCUUAGCUGAUUUAGACUCUCCUCGUUGAACUUCUCUAAUUAACGAAUUUUUAUAGCUGCUCUAAUCUUAGAAGAGGCCUUACGCUCAACCCUUCCAAUAAGAGUCAAAUUUUUUGCCUUUGGCAAUCAAGAAUUAAGAAGUGGUCUUCGGCACCUAAAAAUUUUUGAAGUAUCAAGUCUUGCAUGAAUAUUCUGCAAUCAACUCUCAUGUCAGGUUGAAAGGCUUUUAAGGAAAGCCUUUUUUAAAAUUAUCUUGUUUUUUAAAGGGAAGUCGUGAGUUUGCACGUAAAUCGCUUAAGAAUUCCACUGUAAACAUCUUGACUUGUUAACAUUGCACAAUGACAGCUCUUCGAUCCAAGUUUAAUUAACGUUUUCUUUGACACCACCUGUUUAUAUUUUCAAGUGAAAAAAAUUCCUUAUUGCAGGGCAAAGGAUCUUUCUUCGCGAAAACUUUUCCUACGUAGCAGUUGACGGCAACAAAGUUCUUUCAAGCGAACCAGAAUUCCAUGACAGUUGCCCAAAACAUUCAACGAUUCAAUUGUUUUUAUUUAGAACAUUUAAUAAUUCCUAUUCAUUAUGAUGGAUAACCUAUUCAAGGAGAAAUACCUCAAUUCACCAUUAGCCUGCUUAGCAUAAAAAUAUUUACACCUGGUUAACACAGAAUCUGCUGAAGAUAGGGAAACUGAAUUAUAAAGAAAAGCAGGCUAGAGUAACGAUUUGCCCUUACAUACGUAUCGCCCGAACGCAGCUAGAGCCCUGUAGCAUAUACAGCUGCGUUACAUUGUUUCAUGUUGGUUUUUGUAAGAUUACAUCAUAAUCAACUUGUGUUCCGUUUAGCAUUCUUCAUGUUUUAUUUAUUAUCAGAAACGUGCAGAAUUUUGGAGUUUGUUCAACCCGAGGAAGACAAUUACCUUGAAAAUCAUGUCAUUAAGUCCUUGAUGGUUGAUAACAGAGAUCAGUGUAAAGUGAGGUGUUACGCAGAGAACUUCUGUUCAUCCUUCAAUCUUGGAAUUUCAGAGACCAGGGGCAAAUUAAAAUGUGAACUCAGUGACUCUGAUCACUUUCAACAUCCUGAACAUCUCAUUUGUAAGAAAGGCUUCUCCUAUCAUUCAACCAUG